UCUCCUCCUCCUCCUUCCUCCUCCUCCUCCUCCCUCUCCUCCCUCUCCUCCCUCUCCUCCUCCUCCUCCUCCUGGUGACCUUGUAGAAGAGAUCAGGGAUCAUGGAUGCUGAAGACUUCAAAACCUGCCUUAUCUCCGUUGGUUACAACCUGGGUGAGAACGAGUUCUCUCGCAUCAUGAGCAUCGUGGAUCCAAACCGGAUGGGCAUCGUCACCUUCCAGGCCUUCAUCGACUUCAUGUCCCGCGAGACGGCCGACACGGACACCGCCGACCAAGUCAUGGCCUCCUUCAAAGUGCUGGCUGGAGAUAAGAACUACAUUUUAGCCGAUGAGCUGCGCAGGGAGCUUCCUCCGGACCAGGCCGAGUACUGCAUGGCCCGCAUGGCGCCCUACACGGGGCCGGACGGCGUGCCCGGAGCCCUGGACUACAUGUCGUUCUCCACUGCUCUGUACGGAGAGAGCGACCUUUGAACUCUCUGUCAGUCGUCCUGACCCGGGACCACCAGCCUAACUGCUCUGAUCACCGCCACGUCCUCCGACCGCCCCACCACCACACUUUUUUGUACGUCUCUGGCCUUAUCUUUUUGUCCUCCUCCUCGCCCUCCUCGCCCUCCUCGCCCUCCUCGUCCUCCUCGCCCUCCUCGCCCUCUCGUCCUCCUCGCCCUCCUCGCCCUCCUCGCCCUCCUCGACCUCCUCGCCCUCCUCGCCCUCCUCGCCCUCCUCGCCCUCCUCGUCCUCCUCGCCCUCCUUGCCCUCCUCCCUGCUCGCUCACACUCUGUCUUCGUUGUAUUUGCUUCCCACGCGAUGCAGCAGCUCUCCAGGUUUACAAAGAGGGAGAGAGAAAAUGUUUGUUCCUGUUUUUAUUUUCUUGUUGUCGUUGUUUUUCUUCAUAAAAUGAAUAAAGUUAACAUAUUUUAUUAUACUGAACAAAAAAAGGUAUUUUUCUUCACCUGAUUGAAAAUAAGAGACGAAAAUUGUAAUAAAGAAAAAUUGCUAUA